CACGCAUGCGCACAAAAUAUCUUGACAAACGUAUGCAACGAGGCGGAGCACAGGCUUAUCCUCAUUUAACGAGCAUGCAAGUUGCAGUCGCGACCUCGGAGAGAUGAAGACACGGCUGGCUUGUCUCCUCCUCGUGGCAGCAGCAUGGGCUGCGCCACCACCGGCUCCUCGCGUGGUCGGAAACGCUACCGAGAUAGAUGUAGGUCGGGACAAAAGAAACUCCGACUGCUAUGACUAUAGUAAUUGGUGUAAUAUGUGCGACCCAUGUGUCCCGUGCUACAAUAACCAAUACUGUUACCAGUAUAACUGCUAUGAUCCAUGUUGGGGCUGGACAACUCCUGCGCCCAUUUGGCCCACUGUUUCACCUGUGUGGCCCACUGUCCCUCCUGUGUGGCCCACCAGACCACCCGUUGAUCCCACCCCCCCAGUGUGGCCCACUUUUCCACCUGUGUGGCCAACGAGACCCCCAGUUGAUCCAACACCACCACCUUGGAAUACAAGACCCCCAGUUGAUCCUACACCUCCAUGGCCCACUUAUCCCCCUGUUGACCCCACACCGCCCCCGUGGUACACCAGACCCCCAGUUGACCCCACACCUCCAUGGAACACUAGACCCCCUAUCGACCCCACACCGCCCCCGUGGUACACCAGACCCCCAGUUGACCCCACACCUCCAUGGAACACUAGACCCCCUAUCGACCCCACACCGCCCCCGUGGUACACCAGACCCCCAGUUGACCCCACACCUCCAUGGAACACUAGACCUCCUAUCGACCCCACACCACCCCCGUGGUACACCAGACCCCCAGUUGACCCCACGCCUCCAUGGAACACUAGACCCCCAGUUGACCCCACACCACCCCCAUGGUACACCAGACCCCCAGUUGACCCCACACCUCCAUGGCACACGAGGCCCCCAGUUGAUCCCACUCCUCCGUGGAAUACAAGACCUCCUGUAGAUCCUACGCCGCCAUGGAACACUAGACCCCCUAUCGACCCCACACCUCCAGUACCAGAUGUGACUCCAGUGUGGGCAACAAAGACCCCAAGACCUACAAGACCAACCUAUAUCCCAAUCUGGCCUACUAAGACUCCACGCCCCACAAGACCAACCUAUAUCCCAGUUUGGCCUACAAAGACCCCACGCCCCACGAGACCAACAUAUAUCCCAAUCUGGCAUACGAAGACCCCACGCCCCACAAGACCAGCUUACACCCCAGACUGGGCUACAAAAGACCCAAUUUUACCGACGCCUACAAAUGCCUACACAAAACGUGGGUGUAACAAAGUCUGUGCUGAUGCUGAUCAAAAUUACUACUGCUGCAAUGAAGGUUCCUUACCAGAGAAGGGACAAUGCCCAGCCCAGACCAGCGAUUGCUCAGCGGACAGACGCCGUUCAGCUCGAGAGACGCAGCCUGUGUGUAAGGUAGACAGAGACUGUGAAGGUAACCGACGUUGCUGUUUUGACUCGUGUGAAAAGGAUUACGUUUGCAUGGAAGCUCAGGCACCAUUGAAACGCCUGGUGAGAAAUCAGGGAAGUGGAGACACAGACGAGGGCCAGUAACCACCGCAGUGCCAGGUCGUGCAGUUCGGGAGCAACUCCGGGGCCGCCGAGGGAGUAGGUCGUCGCGCCCCUUCGCCCCCACCCCCCGACCGGGCCCCCGACGCCGCCUUCCUCAGGAUCCGUUCACGGCGUCCCAUCGAGGAGGCUGUGGCGUGGUGCGCUUGCCCCGCCAAAGACACCUUCUGUAUUUUUUGUUUGUUUAAUGAAAGAGGUUGCAUUUUUAA